AACAGCGCUUGACUUUGCUUCUGGGCCAAAACAGAGUUGCCUUUUGUGCCCUGGCUUGGCAAUUGGCCAAGUUAAUAAAGAGCGUGAGCAGACGCCAAUAAUGACGCUGCUGUUGCAGCAGCUGCUCCUGAUGUUGAUGAUGACGUCGCUAACUUGGUUAUUGCUGCUGCCAGCAUAGAAAAUUGUCAGACACUCAGACCGAGCUAAAGACAGACCUAAAACAAAGGCAUACCCGCAACUCGCGCCCGCUACCCGCCGCUGACCGAGUACCAGGGGCCAAGCGAAGGCUUGCUGCAUUUCCGGUUGUUGUUCCUGUCGCCGCUGUCACCAUGCCUCCACUCCAUAUGGCCGAGAGCAACGGCAUGGCCUGGCUGCUCCUGCUCGCUCUGAUUGUAAUUGUGCUGAGCGAUAUGACAAAUGGCGGCGUGCAUGGACCCAUCGAGGGCUACAACUCGUUAGAUGAGAUGGCAACAACGCCGUCAGGACUGGCCACAAUUCCCACUGCCGCCUACACUCAUCCCAAAUGGAUGGAGCCAUAUUUUGAUCCCUCGACGCCCCGCAAUGUCACCGCCCUCAUGGGCAAAUCCGCGUAUCUCAGUUGCCGUGUGCGCAAUUUGGCCAACAAAACAGUAUCCUGGAUACGGCAUCGGGACAUACACAUAUUGACAGUGGGCUCCUAUACGUACACGUCCGAUCAGAGGUUUCAGGCCACACAUCAUCAGGACACCGACGACUGGACGCUGCAGAUAAAAUGGGCCCAGAAGCGAGAUGCGGGCAUGUACGAGUGCCAGAUAUCAACACAGCCCGUUCGCAGUUAUUUUGUACGUCUAAAUGUUGUCGUGCCAACGGCGACCAUACUUGGCGGACCUGACCUUCAUGUUGAUAAAGGCAGCACCAUAAAUCUCACUUGCACUGUGAAGUUCAGCCCCGAGCCGCCGGCCUACAUAUUCUGGUACCAUCACGAGGAGGUCAUUAAUUAUGAUUCAUCAAGAGGCGGCGUGUCGGUAAUUACCGAAAAGGGCGAUGUGACAACCUCAUUUCUGCUCAUACAGAAUGCAGAUCUGGCCGAUUCCGGCAAAUACUCAUGCGCCCCCUCCAAUGCAGAUGUUGCCAGCGUGCGUGUGCAUGUUCUAAAUGGUAAGUACCUACCGACACUACCAGACUACCAGAUGCGGUUAAUUGGUGAGGACGACGACGCCGAACAAGAAGACGAAGACGAAGACGAGCAACAGCCACAAGCCAGCCAAAUGAGUGGCACGGCUGAUGGCGUAGUGGCCAUUUGGGGCAAGAACGUAUACGGAUGCGAGCGACGUUAA